GUCAGGUAAAGACAGGAAGUGAUAUAGGAGUAUAAAUUGGGAGUUCCCGGUAAAAGACGAGUUCAAGGGAAGUAGAGAGGAGACAUUGCUGGAACUAGCCGUAGACGAGGGUGAAGAAGUGAAAGACAUCACAGUUGAGGAUAAAGAAGAAGAGAUGUUGGUGAGUGGAGAUCAGCAGUCUAUGGAGGAGGGUUGUCCUCUGCAUUCCCAGAAUUCUACACGGGAAGAUGCCAACUAUACAGAUAAUAAUCAGAAUGAAGAACGGAAAUACAUCGAAGCUGAGUAUAAAGAGGAAGAAGAAGAGAGGUUGGUGAGUGGAGAUCAGCAGUCUAUGGAGGAGGGGGAGAUGAUUAUGGAAAGUAAACAGGAGGAAUCUUCUCUACAUAAGGACACAGCAGAUGGACGGUGUUUCUGGAAUAUAAAUCCAUCGGAGGGACAUCUUAUUAUAUCUCCAGAUUGUAAGGCAGAAGAUACCGACAUUCCACAAUAUUCUCCCAAAGUCACCUCUGAUUGGUUGGUUAGAUCCACAGAUCCUUCUAAUCCUGAGGAACCUUCUGAUAAAUCCCACACUAUGACAUCAGAUGUCCUUCCAAGUUCUCACAGUGCUGACAGAUCACCAGAUCCAUCCAAUCCCCAGACAUCUUCUUCAAGCCAUAAGAAGGUUCACACAGGAGAGCGUUCAUUGUCAUGUUCAGAGUGCGGGAAAUCUUUCACUAAAAACAAAAACCUUCGUAGGCACCAGGAAAUACACACGGGUCAACGUACCUAUUCAUGUUCAGAGUGCGGGAAAUCUUUCUCUCGGGCAUCACACCUUGUACAACACAAGCGCGUCCACAAAGUUGGGCAUCUUAAAUCAUGUGCAGAGAGCGGGAAAAAUUUCUCUCACAAAGCUCAGCUUACGGAACACCAGAGAACUCACAUAGGUGAGCGUCCUUAUUCAUGUUCAGAGUGCGGGAAACGUUUUUCUCACAAAAAAGGCCUUGUUAUACACCAGAGAACUCACACAGGUGAGCGUCCUUAUUCAUGUUCAGAGUGUGGGAAAUCUUUCACUCAGGCAUCACACCUUGUACGACACAAGAGUGUCCACACAGGUGUGUAUCGUUAUUCAUGUUCAGAGUGUGGGAAAUGUUUUUGUGAUAAAGGACGACUUAUUGUACACCAGAGAAUUCACACAGGUGAGCGUCCAUUUUCAUGUUCAGAGUGCGGGAAAAGUUUCUCUCACAAAAACGGCCUUGUUGAACACCAGAAACUUCACACAGGAGAGCGCCCUUAUUCAUGUACAGAGUGCGGGAAAUCUUUCACUGGGAAAGGAGACCUUAAUCAUCACAAUAGAGUUCACACAGGAGAGCGCCCUUAUUCAUGUACAGAGUGCGGGAAAUCUUUCACUAGGAAAGGAAAGCUUGAUCAACACAAUAGAGUUCACACAGGAGAGCGCCCUUUUUCAUGUUCAGAGUGCGGGAAAUCUUUCACCACAAAAGGAGCACUUUUUACACACCAGAAACUUCACACAGGAGAGCGCCCUUAUUCAUGUACAGAGUGCGGGAAAUCUUUCACUGGAAAAGAACACCUUGUUAAACACCAGAGAGUUCACACGGGUGAACGUCCUUCUUCAUCUUCACAGUGAGGGAAACCUUUCAAUGCAAAGAAUGACCUUCGUAGAUGUCCUAGAAUUCAGAUUACUGAACGUCCUCAUUUAUGUUUAGCGUGUGGAAAAUGUUUCAAUUGCAAAACAAUCAACUUGUUGAACACCAGAAAAACUUCAUACUACUGAGUGUCCUUUCCCUUGUUGAGAGAGUGCGGCAAAUGUUUCCUUCAAAGAGAAAAACUUAUUACACACCAGAGAAUACACACGGGUGAACACCCUUAUUUAUGUUCAAUGUGUUGGAAAUGUUUAAUUAGGAAAGAACAUCUUCUUAUACAACAGAAAAUUCUUACAGGUGAGUGCGGGAAAUUUUUCACUUUUUGAAUAUCCGAGAAUCUACGCGGGUGAGCGUCCUUAUUCAUGUUUACAGUGCGGCAAAUCCUUCAUUCGUAAAAGAGACCUUGUUAUACACCAGAGAAUUCACACAGGGGAGGGUCUUUAUUCAUGUUCAGAGUGCGGGAAAUCUGUGAGAAACCAAAAAAAGCACACAGAUGAGCACCCUUACUCAUGUUCAGGGUGCGGUAAAUGUUUCAUUCACAAAAAAGACCUUGCUGGACACCAGAAAAUUCAUACAGGUGAAUACUCUGAUGAUGGGACAUAACAAGGGAAUACAUGUUACCCCCACGAGCCUCAGAUUCUCCUAGGGAGGGGGUCAGAUAGAGACAAGGGGUGUAUAAUGCUCAUCACAGUACAUCGGGGGUAUAAGAAAAAUAUUUGAGUUUUUAGGGGUGUGGUUUGACAGAUAUAUAGACAUAAAGAAUAAAUGAAAGGAACGUGGUUCUCAUAUAAAACAGUACUGAGUAAGUCCAAUAUUUACACCGACAGUCCAUGAGAAUUGGCCACCGGUGGUCAGCACACUUAUAGAAAAUUACAAAGAUUAUUGGUUUCAUAAACACAUUGAGAGAAGCCGGCAGGAGAAGCUACUGCAAAAAGAUGGAAAAGUUGCCUGAAAAUGUAGUGUGGAUGGUGGGAGGAGAUCUGUCGGAGAAUGUAGUGUGGAUGGUGGAGGAGAUAUGUCGGAGAAUG